AUGGACAGUCCAGGUGAUAAAGUGUCCAUUCAACCAUUAAACGAGUGGAAAAAUUCUUGUAUUCAGCAUGGAACCCCAUUUACUGAGUUUCCAAAUAGUGCCAUUGUACAAAAAAAAUUCAAUAAUUCAAAAAUAAGCAUACUAAAAAAUGUUGAUGUAUCAAAUACGUCAAAUACAGACAAUCAGCUAGAACAACAAGUAUUAUUUCAACAAUUUUUACAAUUUUUACAAUCUCAACAACAAAUUCGUUCGCAAAGAUUAUCACAUGAUGAAGCAACUCCAAUUUGA